AUGGAUCCGGGUUACUACAAGGUGACCGAGGCUAGUGAGAACCGUCCAGACGUCGCAGCGGUUGUCGGAAUCUUGAGGCGGAAAGGUAUUUGCCCGUCGGUGACCGACUGGACCGAGGCGAAGCGCAUAGUGCGUUACUUGAUACACACGGUUGACUACGGAUCGACACUUGGAAGGAGUGGACGUGAGCUACUUCUAUUAGGAUGUUGUGAUGCCGAUUUGGCGGGCGAUAGUAGUGAUCGCAAACCUUGUACUGGCUACAUGUUCAGUCUAGGAGGAGCGACUAUGACUUGGGUAAGCCGAAAGCAGAACUGCGUGGCCAUGUCCAUCAUGGAGGCCGAAUACGUGGCCCUCUCAGAGGUUACGCAGGAAGUUGGUUGGCUACGACAUUUACCAGCUGAACUGAACGAGAAGCAACAACGCGAAUACACUCCUUCCGAUAAAAAAUAA